AUGCGCAGGGCAUCAGCACUUGCGGUGCUGGUGGUAGUGAUGCUGCUGGCGCGGACGGACGGCGUGCUGGGCGGUGGCAAAGCACCCGACACGCCUGCAGCAGCAGUCAAGGCGGCGCAGAAGCCGGCACCGAAGCCGGCGGCGAAGCCGCCGCAGAAGCCGGUGCCGAAGCCGGUGCCGAAGCCGGCGCCGAAGCAGGCACUUGCGGCCGCCCUGUUGGUGCCGCCUCCGAGCACCUGCGUGGCCAAGCUCGCGGCCGCCGCGAGCGAGUGCAGCAGCUGCCUGAACAGGGCGAACAAGGUCGCUUACAACCGCCUGGACCGUGUGUUUGGCAUGCGCGGCAACAGCGCCUUCAGGCUCGACCUGACCCGAUUCUUCAGCCUGGCGGUGUCUUUCACCCAAGACACCGUGAAGGCGCCGGCGCCCUGCUGCAAGGUGGCGGCGGAGGUUUUCAGCCAGCAGUUCCAGAGCCAGUGUGCCUGCCUGCCCGAGGUCGUGGCGCACACCAAGUGGUUCGACAAGGAGCUUUUUGACUAUUACUUCAACUUCCUCACGACCAGCUGUGGCCUCGAGGGCCCCAACGUGGCCCCCUGGAACGCCUGCGGCCUCAACACCGCCGGCUUCAUCUACAAGGCGCAGGAAAAGGCGUUCACGAUCCCCGACUGGGUCGACCAGAUCGUCGCGUCGGGCAGGGGCGUCGCCCAGGCCGCUGUAAGCACCGCCGUCGCUGUGUCGACGUCGGCCGUUAGCGCCGCGACCAGCGUCGCCGGCACCGCCGCGGGCAGCUUCGGAUCUGCGCUGACCGGCGCGGCGGGCGGCGUCGGGUCGGCGCUGUCCGGCGUCGUCGGGGGCGUCGGGGGCGUCGGGCCGUUUGGCAGGCGGCGGCGGAUGCAGGAGGGCCAGUGCAGCGCCGGCGGCGACGGCGUGCGGGUGGCCCUCAACAAUGCGUCGGUGGCGUUCUACUUCCUGUGCCCUCCCGGCAAGGGCUUCUGCAACAACGGCAACUGCGUGUACGGGCGCACCCCCGCGGUCGGCAAGGGGGAGUGGGCGACCUGCGCGCCUCUGUCUGGCUGCCCCCAGUUUGACAUCUCCCUCGGCCCGAACGGCUGCUUCCCGGCCGCCGCGACGGCCCGCGUCGCCGGCGGCGGCGCCAAGCGGAUGGACGAGCUGCGCGUGGGCGACAAAGUUCUCGCCGCGAACGCCGCCGGGAAGCUUGAGUACCAAGACGUUUACUUUUUCGGCCACAGGGACGCGUCCGCGGCGGCCCAGUUUGUGCGGCUCGAGCUCUCAUCGGGCGCGGCGCUUGAGCUGACCCCCGAUCACUUCGUCCCUGUGCUGCCCGGCGCCGGCGCGGCCGCGGGCGCUGCCGCGCUCGCCGCGGCGCGCAUGACGCACGCGCGACACGUGAGGCCGGGCGACCGCGUGCUCGCGCUCGCGCCGGGCGGCGCGGCGCUGGAGGAGGCGACCGUGUCCCGCGCGGCGGCGGUGGCGCGCGAGGGGCUGUUCAACCCCUACACCCUCGGCGGCAGCAUCGUGGUUGACGGCGUGCUCGCGUCUGCGCACAGCGGCUGGCUGGUGGACGGCGCGUUCGCCGCGGCGGGCGCGUCGCACCUGAUGCCCGCGUUCUUCCAGGCGCUCUUCGCGCCCCUGCGCGCGGCGUACGCGGUCGCGGGGCCGGAGUUCAUGCAGCGGUUUGGGGACGCGCUCGCGCGCGCCGCGCUGCGGUUAGAGGCCACGCUGCUGGCCAGCGGCGGCGGCAGCGGCCCCGCCAUCCCAACGGCCGCGGCGACGGCCGCGGCCGUGGUCGCCGGCGCGUCGGCCGCGCUGAGGCAGCGAGCUCGGGCGUGA